GAUGGGGAGUUCUUUGAUUCGUGGUCAAGACGGUACCAGGCGAGCACUGUAAAGGUAGACGUGGAGAUUCUCACACCUGUUGAUAAAGAUGCUGCACCUGGCUUUCGUCACCACCUUUAGUCUAUAUAUGACGUCAUAUUCUCAAGCUCAGAGCACGCACAUUGUGAGCAGUCUCAGGCUGGUCAAUGACGUCACGAACCAACCCAGCAGGGGGCGUGUCGUCAUACAGAUGAACUACGUCAAUGUGGACGGUUCCAUUUGUGUGACGGGGUGGAACGACAACGAUGCCAAGGUCGUCUGCAGGAUGUUAGGAUUGACUGGCGGUAAAGCAGUGACCACUGGCAUCUAUGGAAACGGAAACCGCAACUUUCGAAUGUCUGGCGUCCAGUGUUCUGGAGCUGAGGCCACGUUGACCACUUGUCCUAGAGCAACGAGCAUCGCUUGUGAAUCGACUGACAAUGAAGCAGGAGUAGAGUGUGACUCGGGUACACCUGUACCCUACCAGGCCUCAGAACUUUCACUAGGUGAAUCAGUGGGCAGCGUCAAGCUGGACAAGCCAGCGACCACACUGGACUAUGGCGACGUUACAGUCAACGGCAGCGUUCGUCUGAGGACUGUGGAGGGGGUGAAGGGGAUGGGCUAUGUCCAGGUGAGAAACCCAGCCACUGGCACCUGGGGGUACGUCUGUGAUGACGAAUGGAGCGAGCUGGACGCUACGGUGGUGUGUCGGGAGCUCAACUAUACCGACUGUUGCGCACGACCCGGCGUCCUGGAGAUCUACACAACAAAGAUCUCAGUUGUAGAGCCCAUAGUCCUGGAUGACGUCAAGUGUCAAGGGACCGAGGCGUCCAUCUUGAACUGUGUUCACUCGACCUGGGGGUCAAACAACUGUAAGGGCGUCACCCUAGCGGGGGACAACGCCCUGACGACAGAAUUCGCGGGAGUUCAAUGUCUGCCUCAGCAGGAGCAGUCGCCGUUUCAAAAUCUCCCAGACCCCCAGGUGAGCUGUACACCUACCACCAUUGUGGUCAACUUCCUGUACAGCACCAGCAGUGUCCAGUUCCUGCCAGUCCGUGGACUGUCCGGGUGUACUGCUGCCAGUGUCAACUACAACGCCACAAAUGUCGUGGUGACCAUCCCGCUCUACCAAUGUGGGACUACACUUAUGACAAACGGUACCCACAACAUUUACCAAAACUUCCUGACCUACGAGAAGAUCUCCUCUAUGAACAAUCUACUGCUUGACUCCCAAAGAUUUAGGUACACGAUUCAAUGUGCCGCCCCCAUCCAAAUACAAACAGAUUUUCUUCGUGACCAGCCCGUUGUAUCAGAACAAAGCAAAAUAUUUUCAAUAGCCUAUAAGUAUGAUGUUGCCAUCAGUUUCUACCAAGACUCCAACUGCUCCCUGCCCAUCUCAGAGCGGCCGUACGUGGUCAACAUCAGCAGCAGGGUCUAUGUGGGGGUCAAGCUGGUCACUAAUGACCCCACCCUGACGGGGUCAGCGCUCCGCCUUGUCCUCACCAACUGCCAGGCGACCCCCACAGAGAGCACAAUGGGUGUAUCGUCUUAUUUAAUUAACAAUAAAUGUCCGCUAGUUGAUACUGUGUCCGUGUACCCCAUCAACAACACAGUGGAGUCGUUCGGGUUCAAGGCCUUUCAGUUCCAAGGUUAUGCCCAGGUCUAUAUCAGAUGUGACGUCAUCAUAUGCUUGUCCAACGACACAAGUGCAGCAUGCGACAGGUCAUGUGGCACCAACAAACCGGUUGCCGGACGCCGGAAGAGAGAUGCAGACACCCUGUCUCGGACUGUCUUCUCGCCGGCCAUGCGUGUCUACAACUCCACGGAGCUGACCUUGACCAUUGACCUGACCUUGCUGAACUCUCCCAGCGAGACUGCUCACCCACAAGUUGCCGCCCUUGUUCUCUGCCCCGCCCUCGUCAUGUUGAUGAACUGCUACACACGAAUGUAAGAAAUAGUGCACUGUGUACAGGGAAUAUGUACACGAAAUAUGUACAGGAAAUAUGAAAAGGAAAUAUGUACAGGAAAUUUGUACCCUAGCUGUUAACGAUAAAAGUGUACAACAUAUAUAUAGCCUACAUGGAUAGAAGUAAAUAUACCAGCUGCAGGCAAACUGUUUAAAAUGGAUGUUUAAAAACAAAGCUUACAAGACUAGUAUAAUAUGUCUCAAAGUUUUCAAGUUCAAAAUGGUUAUAGAAUUAGGUCAAGGGAAUGUUCACUAAUUGUAUAACACAACAUUAAACAUUUCUGAC